UAUUCUGUAAAAAAUAGACCGGAAAUUUUUUAAACAAAUUUAUAAAAAUGGCUACCAGAGACAUAAGCGACUUUGUAGAUUUUGAGGCGAAAGUUCAGCACAUUAUGGAGGUGCUGGAGGGACGUGCCGAUGACGAAGAGCCCCUUCCUGAAGAAAGACGCCAGACCAAUUUUGAAAACAUUGAUGUUGACAAUGUGCGUUUGAAAGUGCGCGAAAAUCGCACAGUCAUUAACAAGAAUGCAGAUGACAACAAAACUGGAGCCAAUAAUAUGCAGACUACAGAUGUGGCGACCUUUAUGCGAGAUGUAGAAAGGGAUGCCAACGAACGUGCCGAAGAUCGUGCUAAAUGCGAGAGCGAAGCUCAAAAGCAUCGCAGCCAGGGAAAUGAAGCAUUUCGUAAGAGUAAUUAUGAGAAGGCCAUACUACACUACACCAAGUCCUUGGAGCGCAUUAAAAAAAGCGCCAUAACCUACAAUAAUCGUGCCUUGUGCUAUAUAAAACUCAACAACUAUAAACGCGCAUUGGAAGAUUGCGGCUAUGUUCUGGAGAAGCUAGAUGAGUCCAAUUUGCGUGCCUGGCUCUACAGUGCCACAGCCUACAAGCGUCUAAAUGACAAAUCCAAAUUUAAGGCUAGUAUUGAGAGCGCUCGCCAAUGCAACCCAAACCAAGUGGCCUACAUUGAAAAGUUUAUUCAGCAAAUGGACUUGACCAUGUAAUAAUUAUUAGCCCCUAACCGAUUCUAUUGUGUCAAUCCCUUACAUCAAUAUAAUUGUUAUUAGCAAGCAUA